AUGACUAAACGUAUAACCGCUGACGAAGUUGCUAGACAUAAUACCGACAGCUCCAUCUGGAUCAUUGUUCAUGACAAAGUAUUUGAUGUAACAAACUUUUUAAAUGAACACCCUGGUGGAAAAAAAGUUCUACUUAAGGUUGCUGGAACAGAUGCUACCAAACAAUUUGAUAAUUUUCAUGCAGCAUCAAUUUUAGAAAAAUAUACCAAGUUGCAAAUUGGCGUAAUUGGUCAAGAAGAAGUUUCAAGCGAAGUUGCUUCGGUCGAUGGCCCAUUUGGUGAUCUCGUACCUCACGGAGAUCCCUAUUGGUAUCAAGAUUUUUAUAGUCCAUAUUAUAAUGAUUCUCAUCGACGUGUAAGAGCUGCUGUUCGUAAAUUUGUUGAAUCAGAAAUUAUGCCUUAUACUUUUGAUUGGGAUGAAGCUAAGAAAAUCCCUCAGGAACUUUUUAUAAAAGCUGGUAAAGCUGGUAUCUUACCGGCCGUCUGCGGUGCUCCUUGGCCUGGAAAAUAUACCGAUAUUAAACCUAUUGGUGGAGUAAAAGUUGAAGAAUUUGAUCAUUUUCAUGAAUUUAUUGUGUCUGAUGAAUUGGCACGUUGCGGAUCCGGUGGUGUCUUAUGGGGAUUGACCGGUGGUUUGGGUAUCGGUCUUCCCCCAAUUAUUAAAUUUGCUUCCGAGGAACUUAAGAGAAGGGUUGCUCCAGAAUGUCUUGCAGGAGUAAAGAAUAUUUGCCUUGCUAUCACAGAGCCAUAUGCUGGAUCUGAUGUUGCAAAUAUUAAGACAGAAGCCAAGCUUUCUGCUGAUGGUCAACACUAUAUCGUUAAUGGUGAAAAGAAAUGGAUCACAAAUGGUGUUUUUGCCCAUUAUUUCACCGUUGCGGUUCGUACUGGGGGUACUGGUAUGGGUGGUAUUUCUCUUUUAUUAAUCGAGAGGGACAUGCCCGGUGUUAAGACUCGUCAGAUGUUAUGUUCUGGUGUAUGGGCAUCAGGAACUUCUUACAUUACUUUUGAGGAUGUGAAAGUACCAAAAUCCAAUCUUAUCGGUAAAGAAAAUGGAGGUUUCAAGUGUAUUAUGCAUAAUUUCAAUCAUGAACGUAUGGGUAUUGCAAUUCAAGCAACACGCUUUGCUCGUGUUUGUUAUGAAGAAUCCAUGAAAUAUGCUCAUAAACGUAGAACAUUCGGUAAAAAGCUCGUCGAACACGAUGUCAUUCGAAAUAAACUGGCCCAUAUGGCACGUCAAAUUGAAGCAACACAUGCGUGGAUGGAAUCAUUAAUUUACCAAACAAAUCUCAUGUUUGGAACUGAAGCUAUGAAUAGGCUUGGCGGUCCAAUUGCUUUAUUAAAAGCACAGUCAACACAAACUUUCGAAUAUUGUGCUCGUGAAGCUGCGCAAAUAUUUGGUGGCUUAUCUUACUCACGUGGAGGACAAGGUGAAAAGGUUGAACGUUUAUACCGUGAAGUGCGUGCUUAUGCAAUUCCCGGUGGUUCAGAAGAAAUUAUGCUCGAUCUUGGUAUCAGACAAUCUCUUAAAGUUGCACAAUUCUACGGUGCUAAACUUUAG